UGCAUCCCUUCCCCUCCUGGGUACCAGUCAGCGUUCCCAGGCCCUCGCGGCCGGCGGAAGAGAUGGAUCAGCGUCACGAGCGCCCGGCCCCUUAAAACGCUGCUGGCUGGAGCCGCCUCCCUCCCAGCAGCCCGCGGCAGGGAUGGAGUAAGGGGAGACCCAUCGACCUGCCCACGGGGAUAAGCGAUGGAACUAAAGCAGUCCUUAUCUAUCCAUCUGGAAGCUGAGAAGCCUCUGAGGCGCUAUGGAGCGGUGGAGGAGACGGCGUGGAAAGCGGAGGGACUGGGGAGAAGUCAGCUGGACAUCAUCUCCAUGGCAGAGACAACCAUGAUGCCAGAGGAGAUCGAGCUGGAAAUGGCGAAAAUCCAGCGUCUCCGGGAAGUUUUGGUCCGACGGGAGUCAGAGCUCAGGUUUAUGAUGGAUGACAUUCAGCUGUGCAACGACAUCAUGGACCUGAAGCAGGAGCUGCAGAACUUGGUCGCCAUCCCAGAAAAAGAAAAAACCAAGCUGCAGAAGCAGAGAGAGGAUGAGCUAAUCCAGAAGAUCCACCGACUGGUGCAGAAGAGAGACUUCCUGGUGGAUGAUGCAGAGGUCGAGCGGUUAAGGGAACAAGAAGAAGACAAAGAAAUGGCUGAUUUCCUGAGAAUCAAGUUAAAACCUCUAGACAAAGUAACUAAAUCUCCAGCCAGCUCCCGAGCCGAGAAGAAAGCAGAGCCCCCGCCUAGCAAGCCCACAGUGGCCAAGACCGGGCUGGCACUCAUCAAGGAUUGCUGUGGGGCCACCCAGUGCAAUAUCAUGUAGCCCCCAUGUGGGGUGCCCCCGGGGCCACGGGGACUCCCCCUCCUAUCCACUUGUCUUCAUAGCCCCCAUUUCACCGGGGCCCAGGAGCUCUUAGAGGCGGAAGGGGUUGAAGGCAAGCCAGUGACUGCCGCUGGGGCUGUGGGCGCAGUGGGCGGGCCCAGCCGCCCUGUACAGAGUGUAGCAAUAGGGAGUCCCUCACCGUCGCAUGGCCCUCCCCAGAGCAUGCCGAACCCAGGAGUCUGUCUCACUGUUUAUCCAAACCACCAGGAAAGGUCCUUCCUCAAAAAAGUGUAUCUCCACUUCUAUCUAGCUGUAUCUAACCCACCAUGCAAAUGACUUGGGAGAGGGGCAUGAUCCCCAGGUGUGUAUAGUUGCAACUUUUCAACAAUCUUCUAGCACCAUGUUGGACACAUCCCCCACCGACCCUCCUAGCUCUGCUGUCAGGCCUGCCCCAGGGGCACAGCUCCAGUCUGUCCUUUUCCAGGGCCUGUGUCCUGGAGGGCUCCACACAGCCUACACACCUUGGAGACAGAGGGCCCAUCUGUAAAAGUGAGCUUGUGUGUGGUGUCGUGGUCACAUCUCCCGCUUCCUCCCCUCCCAUGCCUGGGCACGGGUCACACCAGGACCCUGUCCAUUCGCUCUUGGUUCUUCCUUCCCUUGCAAUGGCUGCCCAGGUAUGUGGAGUAGAG